AUGGGUCUCGGGACCCCAGAACCUCCGCUUCGGUCGGGUUGGGCGUCAGCCUGGCUGGCACCCGCAAGAGCCUCAAGCUCCCAUGUGCGCGACAAGAGACGUCUCGGGCAGCUCAGCUCAGCUCAGCUCAGCUCAGCUCAGCUGACGCUGAACCGAUUCCAGAGAGCAGCCCUCUGCGCCCUCGGCCCUCUGCGCAAGUUCCACCGCAAAUCUCGCGCAACGUCAGCACCGGUGGCAUCAUGGUAA